AUGGAUGUCUUUAAGAAAGGUUUCUCUAUUGCUAAAGAAGGCGUGGUGGCUGCUGCAGAGAAGACCAAGCAGGGAGUGACGGAAGCUGCAGAGAAGACUAAAGAAGGGGUGAUGUAUGUAGGUACCAAAACCAAGGAAGGCGUAGUGCAAAGUGUGACCUCAGUUGCUGAGAAGACCAAAGAGCAGGCCAAUGUGGUGGGAGAAGCUGUAGUAGCCAGCGUGAACACAGUGGCAAGCAAGACUGUAGAAGGAGCAGAGACCAUCGUGGCCACUACAGGAGUUGUAAAAAAGGAGGACCUGGCUGCGCCGCAGCCGCCCGAGCAGCCGGGGACGGCAGGAGAGGGGGCCCCAGCAGCAAGCACAGGCGACGGCGGAGAGGGUGAAGAUGAAGGCAAUUAAUCAACUUAGGGACUUCCAGCUCAAAAGAGAACAUUCCAAGAGCAUACAUGGAAAUUUUAGCUGACACUACAACAGGAAAAUCCCGCUCUCCAUAGACUAACUACAUUCAGCUCUGUAGCCUUGCACCUUUCACAUAAACCAAUCGUACAAUAUAUGUAAGCCAGACUCCUCUGAUUGUAAAUGAAGUGCAGCCACGUACCAGGGUGUGCGUCUCCCUCCCCACCUUCCUCAUGGCUUCCUGACCCACUCGCUUUGUGUGUUUUGGUCGGACUCACUGAUCCGUGUCUCGCAUCCGUCUGCACUGGCACUGGCACUUGGGAUCUCUAGGUAUCAUGGAAAUAUUUUUUUUUUUAACUAAUAAAAAAGUGUUUGAACAA